ACCAGUUAUCUGGGCUCUUAGCUCAGUGCGGUUGCCGCGAUGAUGUGGAUUGUCUGCCUGCUGCUUGUGCCUUUUUGCUGUACGUCUGGAGCUCGAAGGUCCGAGGAUGAUCGCAACACAUGGCUGCUAAACAACACCCUCGGCUAUGUGAACGAGAACGCUAGUGCCUGCGUCAAUUUCUUCGAGCAUGCGUGCGGCAAGUAUGGGGCGAUCCACAUCGACGACCCCUUUACCGAGAUUACCGAGAUGCUGGACCACAAGGUGAAUACCAGAUUUGUCCAACUUAUGGAUGAGCUAAACCAGCGCUCUCGGUUGCGGGGCUUUAACGAGUCGAGCGUGGAAGCCAAAGUCUUGCGCUUUUACCUCACUUGCCGAGGGGCUUCAAAAGAACUGCGCAGUGUGAAAAACUACCUCCGGCUGGCUCCUCCGGACGAGGGCCUCACGUGGCCCCAGCUCACCCCUGGAAGGACCGCUUGGCCUGAGGAGCGGUUUGAGUGGUUGAAAACCCUGGGAGUUCUGCACCGCUACGGCCUCACCAACGUUAUUGUUAGCGUGCUGGUGAUUCCGAGUCUUUCGAACAGCAGCGAGUUUCUGUUGGACCUCAGUAUGCCGAGCUUCCAGGAGGGUUCAAGUUUCACGGAAACCCUCGCCGCUCUUCGCGUUUCGGGGGUGCCGAGGAAUAGUGCACCACCUAUCGCUCGAAAGAUCAGUAGGCUGGAGUCUGCUCUGCGGGUCCUAGCCGAGUCAGACAAAGAUGAUGAGGAUAAACUGAUGAACGUGGAUCAACUGGAGCGCAGGACCGGCCUCAACUGGCGAAAGUUCGUCGAGUUGGUAAUUGGGCACAGCAUUUCUCCGCAGUUUCGCGUGCAGGUCCGCAAUUUGAUCUACUUCGCAGGCCUGAAGCGCAUAAUGGAUAGCUCGGACGCCCAGAUGGUGGCCAACUAUAUCAUGGUUCGAUUCGUGCGAUACCUCCUGGAGGAAUCCGAGGACGACGGACAUGCGAUCGAGUGCAUUAAGGUGAUCCGCCGUAGCAUGGGUCCGGCCUCGAACUUGAUCUACAAACAGCGUUUCUUAGCCCCCGCGAAGCUACAGCAGUACACUCAGGAAAUAGUGAAAAUAUUCGACCAGGUGCGUCAGCAAUUCUUGAUUCAAAUCGAGAGAAAUAGCCUUCGGCUAACCACAAAGCAGAGAACGAUGGUCGCUACAAAAGUACGGGAAAUCAUCCUUAACAUCGGCAACAUUCCCAGAACCCUGGAUUAUCGCACACUCGUGAGCCGACACUAUGAAAACUUGACGUUUCCGCCAGGAGACCUGGACUACUGUCGAAACCACCUCAAGGUUCUGGAGAUCCGAACCAAGAUGGGAGUGGCGCAACUUGAUCGACCUGCUAUGACUCGCGAAGAGUACUGUUACCUUUCUGAUGAGAACUCUGCUGGUCCAUAUUACCUCAGGCGACAGAACGUCAUUGUCUUGCCUUUUGCUCUUCUGCAGGAGCCGCUCUUUGUACCGGGCAGCCAUGAUGUGUUUAAGUACAGCCUGCUGGGAUUCCUUCUCGCUCACGAGCUGGCCCACUCCGUCGACUCCGAUAGUGUUCAUCUCGACAGUCUCGGAAACGUGCACCAAACCGGCAUAGAAAUACUCAGCUCGUCCGCGUACACGGCAGGCUUGGAGUGCAUGAACCGCAAUCCGACCCAGUACCUCGACGAACGCUUUGCCGAUAUCUAUGGUGUGGACCUCGCCUAUUCCACCUACACCAGGAUCGCCAGUGAAAAAAACCUUCGGGAUUUCGCCCAUAUUUCCUUAGAGCAGAUAUUCUUUCUCAAUUUAGCACAGUUUUUUUGUGGAGACGGCGCUGCAACCAACUUUGUUGAUCACGACGACGACAAGCUGCGCUUGCAGCAAAUACUGAGCGGGUUUGUCCCGUUCCACAGAGCUUUCGGCUGUCAAAGUAGUUCCCAGCACCAAAAAUGUCAGGUGUGGUAAGCCCAGCAUUGAGCUCCUGAUGAACAACUGUUGAACAGCCUGUGACGCAGGGUUGUUAUCUAUCAUUUCUUUUGCAGGGAACUGAAAAUAUAAUAACCUUCCAAGCAAUUUACAGGCUUUCUUAACCAACAACUAUUCAAAACAAUGUAACUUUCAUGUUUAAACACUUAUGGAACCAUAUAAAUAUAUGUUUAAAUUAAAUUAAUCACUAUUAAUUCAGGGCUGAGUUCAUAAUAAGCUUUUGUGAAAAGAUUUCAUGAAAAAACUGUCGCAUAAACUCAACAUGUGAAUAAGCUAAGUUCGUCAGAGUUAGUCUUACUUUUCCCGAACGAAAAAAAACCGAUAGCCAAAAUGAACCGAGUGAAUGUAUGAAAAACAAAACGGUCCCUUUGAAUAUUUUUUAAUGUUUGGAUUAUAUUUUUUGAUGAAAAAAACUUAAUUUGAGCCCAUCAGGGCCAUCCAAAUAUAAUCUAUAGGUACACUAAAAAAUAUUAAAAUAAAGCUUGUAAGGAGCCUUUAAGAAUA